CUUGCAAUGAUCCUCCUGCCUCAGCCUCCCGAGUGCUGGGAUUGCAGGCAUGCGCCACCACACCCGGCUUUCAGAGUAAUCUGAGUAAGUACCAGAACAAGCGCCACCAAAACAUCCCCUGGAGUUCAUGGUCUUCCAGGACAGAAAGCCAGUGACCACCCUGGUGCUGGCUACUUGGUACUCUCGGGUGAAGCUCCUUGGGACACAUUACCUCUUGUGCACACAGGGUCAGACACCUGCUGAGACACACAGCAAACGAGCUCUUUGUAUUCCUUGGCCUCAGAAGCUUUCAGGCCCAGUGCAGGGGUGCACACCUGGGAUCCUAGCGACUCAGGAGGCCAAGACAGGAGGAUCUUGAGUUGGAGACCAGUCUGGGCAACUUACUUAGCAACAUGCUGUCUCAAAACAAAAGGGUUGGGGAGCGGCUUCGUGGUAGUGUUUGCCUGUUGUGUAUUACCCCUAGUAUUACAAAAACACACUUUUGCCAGGCUGGUGACUCAUGCCUUUAAUCACAGCACUCCCGACGCUGAGGCAGGAGCAUUGUCCCAAGUUUGAGGCCAGCCUGAACUAUGUAACAACUCUGUCUCAAAAAAAAAAAAACAACAAACCAUAUACACAUACACACAAAUCCAGUUUGUAACCCCAGCUACCUGAGAAGCUGAGGGAAGACAGCAGGUCUGAGGCUGGUCUGAGUAACAGGAAGACCUUGUCUCAAUAACAAGACGGGGCUGGAGCUUCCCACGCAUGCACAAGGCUCUGGGUUCCAUCCCCAGCACUGAAAUAAGCAAAGCUGUGGUCAGCUUUUCAGUGCAGGGACUGCACUAAACCCUUGGUGCUCUCCAAGUCAUACCAGGCCACAAUCGCACCUUGCCUCAACCUGCCCUGGCCCCAUCUGCGCAUGAUGGGUCUCAGCCUCCCCUCGGCCCUGAUGCUCUCGGACCCCAGGAUGAAGCCCCAGCCGAGGGGUCCUGGGCUGACACUCCAGAGAGUCCCUGGCCCCGUGUCCCCAGGCCUGGCUGUCCCCCAGCCUCUCCCGCUUCCUGUUUUGAUGCUGGCUCAGCCAGGCCCGGAGACGGGCAUGAUGGUUUAAUCCCCGCUACCUCAGCACCUGCCAAGCUGCUCUUCCCAGCGUCUGCCCCACCCGGCACCCACGGGGGCCCUGGGUCCCUGCUCCUGCCUUCAUGGGUUGGGACCCUUCCAGACAGCAGGUGGGGUGGGGACACAGGUCAUCCACCCAGGCUUGGCUCUGGCUGCCUGCAUGACUCGUAAAUCAGGGGGCGUCAGAAACGGGUCUGUGGAAUGUCUGGCCUGGGCGUGGUGGGAUGAGCCCUUAACUCUUAAGGAUGGGGUGUGAGGCAGGAGGAGACCAUCCUCGGGCCUGAGAACCGGGGGACACACUCCAUGGGGACACGCUGUCCUGCCGGUGGGACCAGCAGUGAAGAGGUCAGUGCCCCCGCCCCCACAGGCAGGGGAUAAAUUCAGAGCCGGGCUCCCUCAGCCUCAGGACCCGCUUGUCACCAUGGCCACAGGGAGAGUCCUGCUGGCUUUGCUGCUGCUCCUGUCACUGCGGCUGGGCCUCGGCUGGGGCCCUGGGGCCCGAGAUGCUCUGGUGGCGGAGGGAGAGUUCUUGCCCGAGCAGAAAGCCGAGGCUGGAGGGACCGGGAGGCCAGCGCUGGGGGCCCGAGACUCCCAUGGCCGCCUGCGCAGAGCCCCUGGCAGCCCGUGCCAGCUGUGGAGCCUGACGCUGCCCGUGGCGGAGCUGGGCCUGGGCUACGCCUCAGAGGAGAAGGUCACCUUCCGCUACUGCGCCGGCAGCUGUCCCCGCGGCGCCCGUACCCAGCACGGCCUGACGCUGGCCCGACUGCGGGGCCGGGGCCAGGCCCACGGUGGACCCUGCUGCCGGCCCACCCGCUACGCUGACGUGGCCUUCCUGGACGAGCGUCACCGCUGGCAGCGGCUGCCCCAGCUCUCGGCUGCUGCCUGUGGCUGCGGCGGCUGAGUGCGCAGGCCGGUGCCCUGCAGCCCCAGGCACCAAGCAGCUACAGCGCUUGCAGGGCUCGGCGGCUUCUUUCCGGGAGCCCAGGCGCAGGAGGCCAAGGCGGGGAGGUGGGCCGGCGCAAUAAAGAACUGCUUUCCUGGC